AUGGCCUCUCACGCCAAAGAAGCGAAAAAAAACGACGACCCGCCUCCAUACUCUGAACAUCGAACACACGGCGCGGCAUCAUCACCACCACCAACCGCAACUACCCAAGCGCCUCCUCCCCCUUUCACACCCCCACAACAACACCAACAACAACAACAACAACAACAACCAACUCCCCUCCCCCAAAUCCCCCGCCAGUUCCCCCCCGCAUUCAACAUGUACAUCGAAAGCCGCCGACACUACCACAUCGGCACGCACCAAUCGACCCCCCUAUACGCCGUCACCACCUCCCCCACCUACUCCUCCCGCCCGGAUGUAAUCCUGCACAGCGGCCCGGGCGACCAUACCCCCCCUCUGGCGGUCGUCGCGCGCUUGGGCCGCGCGCUCGAUCUCACGGUUACGUUGCCGGCCGUCUCUGGGUCGGGGGCGCCGCGCGCGGAGGAACGGGUUGAGACGCCGGGGUUUUCGAUGGGGGGUGGGGGGGUGUUUUCGUUUGUUAUUGAGACGGGGGUGGGGGUGGGAGUUGGGGUGGGAAUUGGGGUGGGAGGGGGGACGGGGAGGAGAGAGGCGUUUGAGUGGAGGAGGUCGAGGGGCGAUGCGGUGGAGGCGUUGGGGGGUAGGGCGAGUGGGUGGAAGUUGGUUCGGAUGAGGACGGAUGCGCCGAGCGGGUUGGGGGGAAGCGGAGGAGGAAGUGGUGGUGGGAGAGGAGGGGGGCAGCAGCCGGUGUUUACGGGGGGCGCGACGGCGGGGGACGGUAGGGAGGUGGUGGCGGUGUGGGCGUGGGCGAAUAUGAGUCUGACGAAGAAAAUGCGGUUUCGGUUUUUGGGGUCGGGGGCUAGCGGGGUGUUGGGGGAGAGGUGGGCGGUUAUGGCGGUUGCGACUGCGUUGUGGAUUUGGGAGAGGGAGAGGAGGUCUAGGGAGGAGUCGGGGCGGUAG